AUUCUGUGGAAGACGAUGGACGUACCAGGACCUCCUCUGCUCGUGUCUCUGUUGCUGCUGCUGAGCAAGGCAUCCCUGCCUGCAGCAUUCACCAUCAACCCUGAAAUGCAGCUGCAGCACAAAGUCCUCCACCUGGAUUGGCCAAAGGAUUGUGGGAUGGCUCACUUCAAACCCAACAUGGCUGAGAGGAUUGUCUCUGGGAACGAGGCCAGACCUCACUCCUGGCCCUGGCAGGUGUCUUUACAGGUUCGACCAAGGGGCGGUAAACAUUACAUCCACGUCUGUGGAGGAACUCUCAUCCAUAAGAACUGGGUCCUUACUGCAGCUCACUGCUUCCAAAAGGGUAAGGCUGAGGAUCCUGGGAGCUGGAGGAUCGUCCUGGGGAAGCACCAGCUGAAGCGUUCAGAGACAGCAGAGAAGGUUUUCCCCGUCAGGAGGAUCUACCGGCACGAGAGCUUCCGUUAUCCCACCCACAGCGAGCUGGACUACGACAUCGCCCUGGUGAAGGCUGCCACAGACAUCCUCCCUUCAAACUUCAUCCGCUACGCCUGCCUGCCGCGCAAGCAGAGCCCCCUGAAACCAGGACACUACUGCUGGGUCACCGGCUGGGGAGACACCCGUGGUGGGAAGGAGAACGUCUCUCUGGCAGAAGCUCUGAAUCAAGCCCGUCUGCCCAUCAUCGACUUCAAAACCUGCCGGCAGAAGAAAUUCUGGGGCGACCGUGUCCGGGACUCCAUGAUCUGUGCCGGGUUCAGAGACACCGAGGACCCCCCAGCAGCGUGUCAGGGCGACUCCGGUGGUCCGCUGCUGUGCCAGCUGGGCCAGGACCGCUGGGAGGUGCACGGCGUGGUGAGCUUCGGCCCCAUCGGCUGCACCGUGGAGAACAAACCCAGCGUCUUCACCCGCACCUCCACCUACAUCCCCUGGAUCGAGGCGACGCGCAUCAGGGACUUCUUCAUGCACUGAGCCAGGAACACGAGCUCCGCCCCGUUCAACUUUUCACCUACAGAUGGUUUCUGUUCCACGCCCACUGUGUGAAUCCAUGUUCUGAACGUGCAACAGUUUGUGUUCUUAUGCAGCUGCGUACGCCACGACCCUCUACGUAUCGUUUCUGCAAUAAAACUGAUAAAAGCAAAA